AUGGCGCCACCAUGCGAAAAGAUGGUGCUGUUUGACCUUGACAAUACUCUAUUCGACCAUUAUCACUCUUUGCGUCGUGCAAUUUCUGCAGUUCAAGAGAAAUAUUCUGGGCUCGCAGCAACACCUGUGUCGGUGCUUAUCAACCACUAUAACCAAUGUCUUCAGCAAGCUUAUGAUGGGUACUUGGAGAAAGUCAUCACAUACGAUGAAACAGAGUCUGAGAAAGUCAAACUAUUCUUCCAAGCCGUCCAUCUACCAGAACCGACUGCCAAAGACAUCAAAGAAUUCCGAGAUACCUAUAAGCCAGUUUACAGGGAAAAUCGACGAGCAACGCCCGGAAGCAUUGAAACCUUGGCUAGACUACGAGAACAUGGCUAUCGCCUUGCUAUCAUCACCAACGGUCAGACCAAAGACCAGACAGAUAAGGCUAAAGCUAUCGGUGUAUACCACCUGCUUGACCAUAUUAUUACAUCCGAGGAGACUGGGUAUCCUAAGCCCGAUGUUCGUAUCUUUCAGUAUGCCAUGGGCAAGUUAUCUUUUGGUUCUGCCUAUAUGGUUGGCGACUCAAUCGAAUCAGACAUUCGUGGUGCGUUGGAGACACAACUGACCGCUGUUCUGUACUCGCCUUUAUCCCGUGAUACCGUCCAACAUCUGUUUGGACAGGACGUUCCCAUCAUUAAUCACAUGAGUCACCUCCUCAGCCAUUUGGGUAUCUCUACUCCCAGUUUCGACCCGCAAUUCACAACCACAGGCAGCGACCUGGUGGUCCACGGUUUUGGCAUCGAUAUUGUUACCGAGCCACGGCACUGUCUCAAUGCUUCUCAAGAUGUUGUGUUGCAAUUGACCAAAAAUAUGGGUUUAGCUCUUGUGGCUCUUUCGACAAAGCGAUAUAUAACCGCCAUAUCACUUCUUGGACAAAUGGUUAAGGCCAUUGCGAAGGUUUCUGCCCCGAUUCGUGUCGAAUGUCUCCUUAUCUCAUUCCCUGCACAUGAAGAUAAAGCCCCGGCGCUUUCUGGACCUGAACCGCGUAUCGUGAGGAGAGAGCACAGCAUCUGUGUGGAAUAUGAGAAUUUGGUACUCGAAGGUACCGCAGAAGCUCAGGUGAUGAUUCGGGAAGUGACACUUCUUCUGCAGAGUCACUGCAACCAUCUGAUGAAAGACUACUCUCGGGCAGCAAUGCGACAGCUUCGUACGGCCAUGUUGGACAUCGCAAAGAAGGCAGGAAUUGAAGACAAUGUUGUCAUUACAGGAGAAGAAAUUGACAAAUAG